AUGGCUCAAGCAACAAACAAAAGGAACUUCGAUGAAGUCGACAUUGAGGAUUUUACAGCAGCCGUCAAAAGGUUGGCUAUAUCACCAGCAGGGCAUACAUCGGCCUGUGACAAGAAUCUGAACGGAAGCAAACAUUCCAGUUCGAAAGAACUGAAGGGUAAAUCUAUGUCCCGAACCUCAAUGAUUAAGAAGCAGGCGCGACAGGCAGACAGCUUGAAACAUGGCCAGAGUCGAACACCUUCUAAGGACCCAACGUUCAUCAUCCAGCUUGACGAUCAAAUCUCGUCGAUGCUAAAUUUGGACUGUGCCACACAACCUUCGAAUUCAGGAUCCUCAGCCAUUCCGAAAAUAUCAAAGUCAACAUCCUCCGCAGACCGGGGUAAAGUGUCUGGAAAGUGGCAAGCAAGGAUUCAAGAUAGCCGUCAGACGAGAGCAAAGAGGGCGAGCCCCUACACCCCCAGGCGGCCGGCGGGAAACACCAAUACAAGUAGCAAUGUCACUGACCAAGAAGUUGAUCAUCUGACAGCACGGAUGAACGCACUACGAACAGCAAUCACUGCUUCCGGUUCCCUUCAGACUUUCACAACACCUGUAAACACAAUGGGACCAACAACGACACAGCCAGGGCCUGCUUCCAGUGCCCCUCAAACACUGGCAACAGUGAUUAACUCUGUAAGAAAAGCAACAACGCAGCCAGGUCCUGCUUCCAGUGUCCCUCAAACACUGGCAGCAGCGAUAACCUCUACAGGACCAGCAACAACGCAACCAGGUCCUGCUUCCAGUGUCCCUCAAACACUGGCAGCAGCGAUAACCUCUACAGGACCAGCAACAACGCAACCAGGUCCUGCUUCCAGUGUCCCUCAAACACUGGCAGCAGCGAUAACCUCUACAGGACCAGCAACAACGCAGCAAGGUCCUGCUUCCAGUGUCCCUCAAACACUUGCAGCAGCGAUAACCUUUACAGGACCAGCAACAACGCAACCAGGUCCUGCUUCCAGUGUCCCUCAAACACUGGCAGCAGCGAUAACCUCUACAGGAUCAGCAACAAAGCAGCCCGGGUCUACUUCCAGUGUCCCUCAAACACUGGCAACAGCGAUAACCUCUACAGGACCAGCAACAACGCAGCAAAGGUCUGCUUCCAGUGUCCCUCAAACACUGGCAACAGCGAUUAACUCUGUAAGACAAGCAAUAACGCAGCAAGGGUCUGCUUCCAGUGUCCCUCAAACACUGGCAACAGCGAUUAACUCUGUAAGACAAGCAACAACGCAGCAAGGACCUGCUUCCAGUGCCCCUCAAACACAGACAACAGCGAUAACCUCUAAAGGAUCAUCAACAACGCAGCCAGGGCCUGCUUCCGGUGUCCCUCAAACACUGGCAACAGCGGUAACCUCUACAGGACCAGCAACAACGCAGCCAGGGCAUGCUUCCGGUGCCAUAAAGAAUAACCAAUACGUACAUUGCAGAAGCAACGUCACCCAAGGAAUCCAGGCAUCGUCUCAAAAGAACAACGACCACCAUAGCAAGAGACGUCAAUCUCGCAAGAGACAUGCAGGGUUUUUCAGAGACGAUGCCCCAAAAAGACCUAGACAUGCGCAUGAUAAAGGCUUCCGCUUACAACUGCAGCUGUUGACGCAGAAUUUUGCCAACCUGUCGCUGUGAUUUAACAGCACACCU